UACACAUAUAGAAAUGUUAUAGUAGUAUCUAUGAAAUCACACAUUGCAUGGAAGUUGGUUGUAACAUUGGCAUUUUGCCUUGUAGACGGCGUCCGCCUUCCGCAUCCAAAUAUCGCAUCAAUUACAUUUCCCAUUCAAUGUAAUACAGUAGAAGGUAACAACAGAGGUGCCAUUGCUCUGGCUGUGACUCGGCAGUUUGCAUUGCACAAUGCUGUUGAUUUUGCGCAUAAAAACGUCCAGGAAAUCGCAAAUAAAACAACUGGCAAUAGUGAAAUUGAUGACGCAAUUUCGUUUUAUGCUGCCUAUCAAGAUAGAAUAUUGCGCGAACUCCUGCUACCUGCUGUAAACGCAGUGUCUAAGGGACGGUACGCCGAAUCUUCUAAACCGCAUAAGGUUAAAAAUGUUGAAUGGGAUAUCGCAGUUAGUACUCCAGACAAGCCUCUGCAAUGUGCAGUGCUUGCUUCCGUCCCUCCUGGGACAAUUCUGGUCCGACCUAAACCGGGACCUGGCGAGGUUGAAGCUAGUGAUUACAUUUCUAUAAUGGCUCUCAAUGACAUAGUAAGAUCGCAGCCUUCCAGCUUGUCGCUGCUGUUUCCAAGUGCGCAACCAUCUGAAGUGUACAAGCUCUAUGCUCACGCUUCCCUACCGACUAUUUUGGUUGCGUAUCUAAGUUGUAGCAAGUUCUUUAGGCGUGCAUUGUCGGCACUGCUGAUUACAUCGGUUGCUGCCGCUGCACAUCAAAUGAUCCUUGAUUUAUUAAUCGCUCUUCUGAGAACUAGGACCUUUUGGCACCCAUAUGUAUACGGUCUUUGGAGUCGCAUUUAUCACACUCCUGUACCUUUAUUGGCAUUGACUGCGAAGCGGAUCGCUGAACUCUCUUAUGAUGCCUUUAUCAGUGUAGAAGAGUAUCUACAUCGAUGUGGAAUCGACUUGGAAAGCCACAUGUUAAACGGUGACCUAUACCGUCACAUCCUACACCGUAAAGUGAUUAAGAAUCACAUGGGUCUCCACAUGCGGUACGAACCAGUUUUUAGUGGUUCCGAAGUACACAUUGCUUAACUUUUUUGCUCUCCUUC